AUGGCGUCUUCUCGGCAAAUCCCUCUCCCAUCCAACUCUCCUGCGCCUUCCACUGAACCGACCGCCGCCAACCGCGGAUCCCCUCCUCCUACUGUGAAUGCGCUUCUUUCAUCUCCCGCGCCUUCUGGAUCUCAGGCGUUUGCCGAAGGCCAGGCCACCAACGCCCCUGCCGCUUCCAGUAAGUCCCUCUACUGCCGUGCGCCUUGUCUCUUGUUUUGA